CAUGACAUAAGUCAUAAAUAAAUUUAAUAAAUGGCGGCAACUAAUGAAAACAAGUGUGAACUGUGAAGGUUAAUUUUGUAUAUUUUAUAUUAUGUUAUAUUAUUUUUAGUGUAUAUCGAUAAAUAUGACAACGCUGAGAGAUAUACCAGCAUUUUCUAUGUGGAAAAGUUUGAAUGAUACAAUAUCUUUCAUAAAAAAAGCAGAAAGUUGGGAAGCUGGUGUAGAUAAAUUGGCAAAAAUUAUCCGAGAUUAUUCGAAUAUUCUAUUUAUAUGCAGUAGGGAGCCACAUGUUACAUUUGAGCAAUAUCAAGUAAUCCAAGAAACAUACAAAACAUUUACAAUUUGGUUACUUGGUCAAUUCUUUUACUUGUUGGGACAUGACAAGUUUAAUAAAGCUCACGACGUUAUAAUAGAAACACAAGUAUACAUAUUAGAUCAGUUAUCUAAUACACUUUUACAUGUUUAUCAAGAAUUAUCAGAGGAAUACAAAAAAAUGUUAAAAUUGAUGGUGGGAUAUUUAAGAAACCCCCAGGACAAUUUGUUAUUGGAAGUAUUUGUUCCACAGAAUUUAGAUGAUUUAAGUAAAGAACUCAAUUUAAAUCAAGUUUUUAUUCAAAUAUCCUCAAAAGAAAAAUGUUUUUCAGUUCUGUUGAAAUUGAUGAAAUUCAUAAAAUUUAUAUUAAUAGAGAAUUUUAUGUUUUAUAGUUUUGAUCAUAAUACCUGUGAAGUUUUAGAUAAUUUAAUAUUUUUAUUUAGUGAGGCAGGGGAAAAAAUUAAACUUCAAAUUGUUGAUAUAUUUGUAGAAUUAACAAAACUAAACUCUAAUUUUAUGUAUAACCCUGAUAUCAAUCAUAAGCUUUUAUUACUAUCAUCUCUGUUUCAACAAUUCACUUAUCAUGUAUAUGAUACUAAUAUUUUACUUAAUGAAGACAUGAAAAAAUUUGAAAAUUACCUUGUGAAAUAUAUUAAUACUAAAGAUAAAAUAUUUUUUAAAAAUAUAUCCCAAAUUAGUAAAUUUCUUUUUAAUAAGUCCUUAAAUACUUCCAAAGGAAUUUCUCCUUCUGAAGAAAUAAAAAUAAUUAUUACAAAACACCUAGAAAAAACUUUUAAUGAGGAAAAAAUUAAAAACAUAUCAGAAAUUGUUAACUUUUCAAACUCCGAACUAAUAUUCUGUUUAAAAGAACAUAUAUACAGAAAUAUUGAGACUUUGGAAGUUUUUUCAGAUUAUUUGAAAGUUUUCAAAGAAAAUACAAAUGAAACAUGGUACAACAUUUACAAUCACAUAAUGUCUAAAGUAGAUAAAUUAAAUUGUCUAAAUAACUGCCAAUUUUCAGAUUUUUUAAAAUUUUGUAAUAACCUAAACAAAAUGUUAAUACAAAUUAAUCUAAAACUUAUGAAAUCAAAAAAUAGAAAUUUAACAUUAUGUUACUUUGAUGAGAGAGAACUAUUGUCCCACUUUAUAAAAAAAAGUUUAGUUCAUUUUAACCAAUGUAACAAAGUCAGUGAAACAUUAGAUGAGGUGUUACAGUUUUUUAUAACAUUUACUUUAUUGACAAACUCUAAAAACAUAAACAUCAUUUUUCAAAUUCUUGGUUUUCCAUUAUUAAAAUCUUAUUGUUAUAAAAGCGACAAUCAAUUUAGCAAUAACUUUAUUGGAGAAAGGGAUGUGGGGGACAUAAGAUCUAUGAUAAGAUCAUUUUAUAAAUAUUUGAACUCACAAAAUAUUACUGAUAGUCUGUCCUUACAAUUGCUCAAUAAAUUAUUUGUAAUAAUUUCCACUAAACUGGUUACACUUAAUUCCAACCAACUAAAAGACAUUGCAAAUUUGUAUUUCAAGAUUUCUAAAGGCGUUUUUGAAUCAUCGCAUCAUGAUGAAAUUAUUUUGGUUCUUGAAAGUAUUCCCUACAUCCUCACUAUAUUUGAUGAACCACACCAAAUAACCCAAAUUUUUAACACUUCUUUUUCUAUAAAGAAUGAUGCUGUUAUAGCAAAAGCUUUAAGUAUUUUGCCCAAAAUUAUAUGCUGUUUAAGUUCAAGCUUCAUAAGAAGUGUGAAUUUUACAGAGAAAGACAGGUUUUUAAAAUCUGAUAUUUUCUGUAAGAAAUGUGAUUGUGGGGGAAUUGAAGAUACACAGACGUGUUUGAAAAUGAUAGAAACUACGUUUGAAGAAGAUACAGUUUGUAUUGAUUUCCCAAAAAUUGAAGUAGGACAAACUAUCAUUGCCUCAAUCUUGAAACAUGUUUUAUUUUAUUUAUCAUCAACUACGGUAGAAUUAAAAGUAGCUGCUCUUGGAACAUUGCCUUAUUUAUCAAGCCAUGUCCUCCAGUUUCAUUCGAUAAAUAUAACUCAAAUUUGGAGUGAACUUGGUUGUGAUCAAAACAAAGAUGUAAGAAAAAAGUUUUCCGAAAUUAUUGGACCAACCAUAAAAUUUUGCCAGGAAACCAGCUGUUUAUUGAAAGAAAUAAGAAACGAAAUAUUGACAGUAUUUUUUGCAGCCCUCCUCAAUCAUACUAAAAAAUCUUUAAAGUUUUCAGAUUUUGAAUUGCAAGAUUCAAUCUUAAGUACUAUCAAUGCAAUUACUGAUAUAAAAGCAGAGUAUAUCAUAGCAGAAACAAUGAGAAUACUCUUUUAUCUCAUAAUGAUUCCUACCUCAAAAUUUUCUCUAAUUGCCGUUAACAAAUGUUUCAAACUUGCUGAAAAUAACGAUACUAGUACUACAACAAUUUACUGCCAAAACAAAAAGGAACUGUGCGAACUCAUCGCUCAUUUGUGUUGCAUAAAUCAGGCAUUAAUUAACUAUUCUUUAUCGACUUCUUUAGAAAAGGUAUCAUUGAUGUUAGGCUUCUAUGGAUCUAAAGAUUUUGUUAAUCAAGAAAGUAAUUACCUUUUACCAUUCUUUAUUUCGAAAAUUGUCAAAAUGCCAUCAGUUAUAAAAUUGGUCGAAGAAUCUGCAACGAUGAUGGAAAUGGAAGUGUCAUAUAUGUUGUCUCUGAAAUAUGGCUAUAUUUUUAUUCACGUUUUUUUGGAGGAUGUGCCUAAAGAGGAUCUCAAAAAGUGUAUGAUGUUUUUGGAAAAAGCCACUGGUACAAGUGGAAUUUCACUUAGAAAAAGAAAUUUUAGGAUAAUUUUGAAUGAAUUGUUACUGAACUUCCAUGAGAAAAAUAAGAAAGUUCUACUAGCUUUAACAUUACUUUCUAAUGAAGACCCUGAAAAUAAAGGAAUUUCUAUUCAAGACUACCUCCAUUCGCAUUUUCUAGGUGUUUUGCUCUAUUUUGAUGUAAAAUUGAUAUCAAAAAAUUUACGAAAAGAUAAGUUUCUUCUUAGUUUGGCUGAUUUAUUGAAGUUUAUGGGUCCAAAACACAUCGUGCCUUUGCGUUUCAAAAUAAUUGCCAUGCUCCAAACAAUAAAUUAUGAAAGUUUUCCACACCUAACAUGUGCGGUUUGGGAUGCUUUCAUAAGAAGUUGUGAAAUAGAAUGCCUUGGUCCACAUCUAGCAGCGAUAUCUGCCUCUAUAUUACCUUUAAUCGAAAGUUGUCCCAACGAAAUAAACAGUAUCUUCAACUAUCUUAUCGUAGAAAAUGAAAGGCACAUGAAAAACUACAUACCUGAUUUAUUCUUUGUAAACAAUACCCAAAUUAAUCAUGAGAUUCUGCUGGUUAUAAGAAACCAAUUAAGGUUAUUGGAAAACAAUUCACUAAAACAAAAAAUUCAGAGAUUCUUAAAAUAUCUCACCCAUGAAGCAAUGGAAGUAAGAAUUCAAGGCCUGAAAACACUAAAAACUUUUUUGGAACAAAGUAGAGAAGAGUUAGAUCAAAUGAUUUUAGAUUAUAAUGGAAUGGAUCCCACCAUCGUCGAACUUAUUGAUAUACUCACUCUUGGUUGUAGAGAAAAGGAUGAAACUCUAAAAUUAGCUUGUGGAGAUGUGUUUGGUGAGCUUGGAGCUAUUGAACCUAGUCAUAUGCCCAGAAGAUACACUCAGGAUGACAGAUCAUUUUCUUUCUACAUUAGUGAAGAUUCCUUUAUUGUUAGCUCACUCAAUGAAUUAAUAAAAGCUUUUCAGACGGAAAAGAAUACACAGAGUAUGGAUAGAUAUGCACUAGCAAUACAGGAAACUUUGAAGCUAUAUGAAAUUUCUCCCGAUAAUAACAGCAACAAAUUUUAUCUAUGGCUUCAAUUUCCAGAAACACAGAAAGAACUUAUGCUUCCCCUACUCUCAUCUAGAUACAUGAUUGCUCAACCAGUCUUGGCAAAUGAUUUACCUACUCCCAUUUAUGGAUCUAAUUCUGGAGCUUCUUUUCAAUCGUGGUUGUUCAAUUGGACUUCUAGUUUAAUUUCUGCCCUUCCCACCGAAAGAAAAGAAAGUUUAAAAGUUUAUUUACCCAGUAUGAAGCAAGACAAGCGUAUUCUUAUGCAUUUUUUACCGCACAUUCUUGUGCAUGCUCUCUUGGAAGGAAGCGACAGGAUUGCGGAAAAAGCAUUAAGUGAAAUUCAAACUGUUACCAGUUCUUUCACCAAAGAUAGAACUCUAGACCAAAAAGUGCUUUGUUCAAAGCCCAUUUGUACCCCAGGAGUGAAUUCGGAGGCUCAAAUAAUAACGCCUGAAGAAGUAAAGCAAAUGCAAUGUACCAAAGUAGUGUUUCUUUUGCUAGACUUUUUGGAUAGAUGGGUUAGAGAAUGGCAAUGGAAAAAAGGAGUAGCAGGAAAUAAAGAUCAACAUUUUUACAUAAUCAAAACAUUCCAAAAUGAACUUUGCAAGCUACAAUUGGCAAAAUGUAAUUACCAUUGCGGUGAAUACCCAAGAGCUUUAAUGUAUUUAGAAGAUUAUAUUAAGGACAAUCCAGACGAAUUUCCCAAUAAUUUGGCUUUUUUUGCAGAGAUUUUUUCUCAAUUAGAAGAGCCUGAUGGUGUAGAUGGUGCAAUGGCUUUGCAACAAAACGAACCAUCAAUUGAACAGAAGAUUCUUGCCUUAGAAGUGUCUGGAAAACUUGCAGAUGCAACAAAUUGUUAUGAAAGAAUGCUACAACCUCUAGAACUUCGACAUAUCCAAGGCUUAGCUCAAUGUUAUUUGGAUUUAGAUAACGUUAACACUGCCCUUAAUUUUGUGAGAGGAGCCUUAAAUAAUCAACCUGAAUUUGGUAACAUGUUAUUAGAAAUGCAAGCAGAACCUUUAUGGAGAUUGGGGCAAUAUGAAGAGCUGGACACUUUACUUCAAAAGCCUGACUUAAAAGAAAGCAAAAGUUGGGGUGUGCAAGUUGGAAAAGCUUUAUUGCACAUGAAAAAUGGUGAAAGAGAUGAUUUUAAAAUUACAUUGGAUGGUUUACAAAAACAACAAGUACUUGCUUUUGGCGCAACAAGUUUAGAAGAAGGAGCUUACAAAAGUGGUUAUAGUUAUAUUUCAAAGUUACAUGCUCUAAGUGAGCUACAACAAGUAGAAAAAGUCCUUUCUGACUUACUAAUCAGCCCCAAUAAUAAAGAGUAUGGGGAGGCAAUGAUGAAGAAACUUUUGAACGAAUGGAGCUUAAGAAUUAAGGUAGUUCAAGAAUCUGUUGGAAGUGUAGAACCCCUAUUGUGUUUGAGAAGGGUAUCUUUGAACCUGGCAAAAAAUAUUGCUGAACGAAGAGUACAAAACGCUGUCCCUUUUUUAAAUUCUUUGAUUGGAGAAUGUUGGCUUUUAAGUGCUAAGACUGCAAGAUCUGCAGGAAUGCAUCAACAAGCAUACACAUACACAUUAAAAGCUGAAGAGUAUGCUCCACCGACAUUAUUUUUGGAAAAAGCAAAACUUCAUUGGUUAAGAGAGGAGCAUGAACAAGCCUUUCAUUCAUUGAAAAGAGGUCUAGAAGUAAUUCUUCCAGAUGGUAAUUCUCCAGAAAUGUUAAAUCGUGAGCAAAGGAAAAUAUGUGCUGAAGCUAAACUACUUAUAGCUUCUUAUAAUGACCAAAUUUCGAAUGUUGAAAUAGAUGUGAACAAACAAAACUAUAAAGAAUCUGUGGAAAUGUUUAAAGAAUGGGAAAAGAGUUUGGUUUAUUUAGCUCAAUAUUUAGACAAAAUUUUUCAAAGUCUCAAUGAUUCGAAAGAGCCGGAGCGAGAAUCUAAGGGUGGCGAUCUUCAGUUACAAAUGAUAAAUUAUUUUGGUAAAUCAUUGCAAUAUGGUACGACUUAUAUUUAUCAAUCUAUGCCGCGUUUACUGUCCAUAUGGUUUGAUUAUGGGACCAGGGUAUUGGAAGUCACGGAAAGUUCAAAAAAGGAAGAGCGAAAAAAUACUCUGUUAAAAAUGACAAAAUUGGUAGAUUCGUUUUUAGAAAGAUUGCCGGCCUAUGCAUUUUUAACAGCAUUUUCUCAAUUAGUAUCGAGAAUUUGUCAUCCACAAAAAGAGGUCUACAUCAUGUUAAAGUCAAUAAUAAUAAAACUACUGCAACAUUAUCCUCAACAAAGUCUGUGGAUGAUUAUAUCUGUGAUAAAGUCAAGUUAUUCAGUUAGAUCAAAAAGAUGUGCUGAAAUUCUUUGUGAUACUAGAUUAAAAACGACAAGUUUAACAAAAUUGGUGCGCGAUUUUACUAGUUUGGCUGAAAAACUUAUUGAAUUGUGUAAUAAGCCAAUACCACCUGAUGUAUACACUACAAGUGUUAAUUCCUUGCUUAGGUCACUUCCCAGGUUACUGUCUAAAGACGACUUCAGUCAAAUUAUGAUGCCAACAUUUAAAUUGAGGAAGCUUAUUCUCCCAAAUCCAGAUUUUAGUAAUGCCCAACAUAAUCCGUUCCCAAACUCCUAUGUGUAUAUUACUGGGAUUGAAGAUGAACUUAAUGUUUUACACAGCUUACAAAAGCCUAGAAAAAUAGAACUCAAAGGAUCUGACGGAAAAAAGUACAUUUUUAUGCUAAAACCAAAAGAUGAUCUUAGAAGAGAUUUCCGCCUUAUGGAAUUUAAUGAUAUUGUUAAUCAUCUGCUGACUAGAGAAGGGGAAGCUAGACAAAGACGUCUUAACAUAAGAUUAUACUCUGUAGCUCCAUUAAAUGAAGAAUGUGGAUUAAUAGAGUGGGUUCCAAAUCUUAUUGGACUUAGACAUAUUUUAAUAGCAUUAUAUAAACAGAGAGGUUGUUUUAUGAAACCUAAAGAGGUAGCAGAGUUUAAUUGUGGUGUUAAAGAUUCUUUGGAUAAGAAGCGUGAUAUCUUCAUAAAAAAGUUAUUACCUCGGCAUCCCCCCGUGCUAGGAGAUUGGUUUAGAAAAACAUUUCCUGAUGCUCAGACUUGGUUGACAGCACGUACAGCUUAUGUUCGAACAACUGCUGUAAUGUCUAUGGCUGGAUACAUCCUUGGUUUAGGAGAUAGACAUGGUGAAAAUAUUAAUUUGGAUUCAACUUGUGGCGAUGUUUUUCAUGUGGACUUUAAUUGUUUGUUUAAUAAAGGAGAGAAAUUGGAAGUUCCUGAACGAGUACCUUUUCGGUUAACCCAUAAUAUGGUGUCAGCAAUGGGACCUUUGGGUGUUGAAGGAAUCUUUAGAAAAUCUUGUGCUUGUACAUUACGAGUUCUCAGAAAUAAUGCAAACACUUUAAUGUCAAUAGUAGCACCAUUUGUGUAUGAUCCAUUGGUAUCUUGGCCUAGGCAACCAUCUUCGUUACCUAGUGUUCACAAUGCUGAAAGAACAAAUGAGGAAGCUGUGGAUCACAUAAGAAAUAUAGAAUUUAGGCUUCAAGGAAUUGUAAAAACUAGAAAUAGAACGUUAACGAUGCCCUUGUCUGUUGAAGGACAAACGAAUUAUCUGAUAAAAGAAGCUGUGAGUGUUGAUAAUCUCUGUCAAAUGUAUAUUGGAUGGGGAGCAUAUUUAUAGAAUAAGCCAAUAGUUUUUUAUUUUUGUUACCUUUGGA